AUGUAUGUGAGACUAAUGUCUGUGAGACAUGUCUGUGAGACUAAUGUCUGUGAGAAUGUCUGUGAGACUAAUGUCUCUGAGACUAAUGUCUGUUGUGAGACUAAUAUCUGUGAGACUAAUGUCUGUGAGAAUGUUUGUGAGACUAAUGUCUGUGAGACUAAUGUCUGUUGUGAGACUAAUAUCUGUGAGACUAAUGUCUGUGAGAAUGUCUGUGAGACUAAUGUCUGUGAAAAUGUCUGUGAGACUAAUAUCUGUGAGACUAAUAUCUGUGAGAAUGUCUGUGAGACUAAUGUCUGUGAGAAUGUCUGUGAGAAUGUCUGUGAGACUAAUGUCUGUCCAUAA